AUGGCUGAACAGUGCCGCUGUUUUGUCAACAUAGGAUGUGUUUUAGGCUACAGAUAAAAUGUUUUGUAUCAUUUCGUUGAACUAUUAGUGUGAAUCGUAGCCUAUGUAUAUAUACUUCUAUUCUAGGCUGUUUUUCAGUAUUCUGGAGCUGCAAUGAGUGAUGUCGUUGAAAAAACUCUCACAGCUCUCCCAGCUCUGCUGUCUUUUGACUCCCAACCAGGAGCCGGGAAACUUUCCUCCUCUACCAAAUUAGCGACUUUAAUCAGAAGUAUAACUGAACUGACAUCUAAACAUGAAGAAGAAAAGCUCAUUCAGCGAGAAUUGGCAGCCAUUAAGGAGCAGGUCUCAUCCCCCAAUACGACUAUGCGUCAGAUGCGGGAGGCGAUGGUGCGCAGUGUCUACUGCGAGAUGCUGGGCUACGAGGCCGACUGCAGCUACAUUCAUGCCAUCAAGCUGGCACAGCAGGGCACCGGGCUGGACAAGAGAGUGGGUUACCUUGCAGUGUCUCUGUUUCUCAAUGAAAACCACGAGUUGCUGCUGCUUCUAGUUAACACAGUAUUAAAGGAUCUGCAGAGCACAAACCUAGUUGAAGUUUGUAUGGCUCUCACUGUUGUCAGUCAAAUGUUCCCCAAAGACAUGAUCCCAGCUAUUCUUCCACUGGUCGAGGACAAGCUGACUCACCCAAAGGAGAUGAUCCGGCGUAAGGCAGUGCUGGCCCUCUACAAGUUCUCCCUGGUGGCCCCCACUCAGGUGCAGCACAUCCACGGCAAGUUCCGGAAGGCCCUGUGUGACAAGGACCCUGGCGUCAUGGCCGCCUCCCUGCACAUAUACCUCCAAAUGAUCCAGGAGAGUCCAGAGGGCUACAGAGAUCUGGCGGGCAGCUUCGUGACCAUCCUGAGGCAGGUGGUGGGGGGGAAACUCCCGGUGGACUUCAACUACCACAACGUGCCCGCCCCCUGGCUGCAGAUACAACUGCUACGCAUACUCGCCCUGCUGGGCAAGGACGACCAGAGCACCAGUGAGUUGAUGUAUGACGUCCUAGACGAGUCGUUAAGAAGAGCCGAGAUGAAUCACAAUAUCACCUACGCCAUCCUGUUUGAGUGUGUGAAGGCCAUCUACACCAUCCACCCCAGAGCAGACCUACUGGAGAAGGCAGCCAAGUGCAUUGGCAACUUCGUACUGUCACCCAAGAUCAACCUCAAGUACCUGGGUUUGAAGGCGUUGACGUACGUGGUUCAGCAGGAUGCCAACCUGGCCUUGCAGCACCAGAUGACCAUCAUAGAGUGUCUGGACCACACCGACCUAAUCAUCAAGAGAGAGACUCUGGAGCUGUUGUUCCGCAUCACCAACAGCCAUAACGUGCGCGUCAUCGUGGAGAAGAUGCUUGGCUUCCUGAAGGGCUGCCAUGACGACUACACCACCAUAGACCUGCUGGCCAAAGUGGCAGAGCUGGCAGAGAAGUAUGCCCCAGAUAACUGCUGGUUCAUUGAGACCAUGAACAGCGUCCUGUCACUAGGGAGCGCACUCAUGCCACAAGACAUCCCCUCCAACUUCCUCAGACUACUGGCAGAAGGUUCGGACAGUGAGGAGGAUGACAGGCAGUUGAGGAUGUAUGCUGUUCAGUCAUACGUCUCAGUGCUGAAAACCAAGCCCGCUAACCUGCCUCAGCAAUACCUUCAGGUCAUCAGCUGGGUGUUGGGCGAGUACUCCCACCUAAUUGAAGACCUGGGUCCGUCGCUAGUCAUCGAUCUACUGGCGCGUCAGCUAGACCAACCCAAACUAACCUCCGACUCCCGGAGCUGGGUCCUGUCAGCCAUGGCCAAGCUCAGUGCCGGUGCGUCUCUGGGUGCAGAGGGCGCAGGCUGUGUGCAGCGUGUGACCCAGCAGUACAGCUCCUCUCUCGAUACGCCGCUCCGGCAGCAGGCCCUGGAGCUCCAGUUGCUCAGCCAGGAUGCAGAGCUCCACGACAGGGUACUGCCACACGGGGCCCCCUGGGCCAGUCUGGAGGUGGACUCCUCGUUGUCCUUCCUGGACGGGUUUGUGUCGGAGGCCUUGGCCAAAGGGGCUGCACCCUACAAGCCCCCCCACCAGAGACAGGAGGAGCUGCGGCAGGAGAAAGCCCUGUCCCUGGAGCCGUACAGUCUCUCGCUGCCUCUCAGCCUGUCGUCCUGCAGCAUCGCUGACCGCCACUCCCCCACGCUGCUCUCCAUCAGCUCCGGCCUCUCGGGCCACAGCACUGAGCUCUCGCAUCGAGCUGGGUCCCUGAGGCUGGACGGGGUGAAGCGGGUGUGGAGUAGAGAUGGCUACCUGCCCCAGCGGCAGGAGCCCCCUCCAGAGGAGCCCUCUGCCCCCCAGGACACCGGCGCCCCUGCACCUCCCCUGUCUCCCCAGGAGGGCGGCGCUCUAACACCGUCUCCCGCUGCCGAGCCCUCAGAGGAGGAACGCGACAGGCAGCAGCUGGCCUCCUCUCUCUUCCAGGGUCUCAGCUCCUCCAGCGACUCCACGUGCCUGAUGGGAAAACCAGACCCCCCUCCCCCUCAGCGCUUCAGGAAAAAACGCUCAACCGCUCCCGACUCCGCCUCCUCCUCCUCAGGCUCCUCCCACUCCACACGAGACCCUUCCAACCACUUCCUGUACGGCAGCCUAUCAGAAGAGGGCCCGGCCUCUCCGCUCAUGCUUGCACAGAGCUCUGCAACACCACACACCCACCACCAGCACCACCCUCGCGCUCACUCCAAUGGGACCCACGCACAGCACGACACCCUUGUCAAUCCUCCAGCAGCAACCAAUGGGGUGAGCGCUGAGGUCGGCGGCCAUGCAGAAGGCCCUCCCCCCUCUCUCGUGACAGCCAAUGACGCGUCGUCGACACCUCUGCGAGAAGUGGGCGGCUGGUCGUCGCUGAUGGGCGGGAUGGAGAUGGUGGUGCCGCUGUGCUCUCAAACCCCUCCCCCUAUAGACUCUGGCCAGAGCAGCGCGGAGGAGGAGGACGACGAGGAGGACGCCACCUCAGAACCCCCGACGCAACCCGUCCCUGCGUCUGUCCCGCUCCCUGUGCCUGUCCCCGUCCCCACCGAACUGAAUGACCUCCCCGUGACCUCUGAGCCAGAGCUGAGUGACCUCUCGUCGGGCCUGGACACCAUGGUUCCCCCGGAGCUGCGGGAGCUGCCUCGCUCUGAGGUGACCCCACUGGGCUCGGACCAGAGGCUGUGUGUGCGCUGCUGCCGGCUGCAGAGAGAGGACGCGGUGAUACUGCUGCUGCUGCUGUCAUCAACAUCAUCAUCACCAUCAUCAUCAUCAUCAUCAUCUAGUGCCUCUGCCGCCGCCCUGCUGGACAUCUGUGUGGAACUGCAGUGCCAGCAACUCAAGGUGGCCAGCCUGAGAGGGAAUGCUAUAGAGCUGCUGCCAUCCCAGGGCUCGAGUGUGUGUUGGUACACACUGCUGAUGGAGGAACCCCACACACAAGUGACGGUGUCAGGCUCCAUCACCUACAGAGAGGAGGCGGGACACACACACACUCUCCACCUCAGCACUAAACUGUCCCUCGUAGACUUUCUCAGGCCGCUGCAGCUGUCUACAGAGGAGUAUGGCCGUCUCUGGCUCUCCAUCUCCCAGGACGUCAAGCAGAACCUGCAGCUGGCCCAGCCCCACCAGGACCCCCUCCGCACCUCACUCACCCUGCUCAGAGACACACUGCACCUCCACAUAGUGGACAUCAUAGGAUCGGAGGGCAUCGUGGCAUGUCAGCUGCUGAAGGGGCCGAUGUGCCUGCUGCACUGUCGUGUCCAUGGGGAGGCGCUAGCGGUCUGGCUGCGCUCAGAGGCACCCGGCCUGCCAGACUGCCUGCUCUACCACUGCCAACGGGCCCUACAGGAGCACUGAGCAGGGAUACACACACACACACACACACACACACACACACACACACACACACACACACACACACACACACACACACACACACACACACACACACACACACACACACACACACACACAGCCCUUCAUGAGAACUGAGGGGACACGGACACAAUAUCCCUGCACUGAGGAAUGGACACACACACACGCACAUGCAUACAUUCAUAUUUACAUACAGUACAUACGUACACUACACACAUACACACACACACACACACACACACACACACACACACACACACAC